CAUCUAUCGACCUGAUUUCGUAACUCUACGCGGCCAGCGUGCUUUCAUGGACGAAGAACUACUUCUGAGAUGCCCGCAUAGUCUUGAACGACGACUCCAUCACCGAGCUGCCGCACAAUCGUGUUCGCGAUAAUCGCUGUCGUUGCAAGUCGACCCGCGCGCAGUCUGUACCAUGGAUGUAUUCAUUUCGAACCUUGACUCGAGGCUGACCAAAGAAACCCUCAGAGACAUCCUAGCCCCUAUCCUCGUUGAAUUUCAGAUCCAUGUGUUCGAAGUUCGAAAAGCAGUGGGCAAGACCUUUGCUACACUAACGAUUGCAGAUAAUUCAAAAGCUCACAGCCUCCUGGCUCGAGCUCAGGCGAAUCCAAAGCUCCUCUUGUCACCCUCCGGACGUCAAGCACUGUUCCAGAUAAGCCGAAAAGCAGUUGAUCCUCACUGGUUGCGCGUGCUUCGCAAGGAAGAGAAGGACCGGCAGAACCUUCAAGCAUGGCAGAAGUCUUCCAAGGUGGCCGAAGCAGCCCAAGGCGUCGGACAAGAAGCAGGCUUGAAGAUCACAGAGCUACAAUGCGGGCGCUGGGAGAUAGUGGCGCGCAAGACCGCCUUCGUACCCUACUUCGAACUGCAGCGGACAGAGGGCAGGCUGGUGAGAGAUGGGCGAACACUGGUCAUGCGAAUGGACGCUGUUUCCUCCAAGCGCUACGACCUCGUCAUCGACCUGUCGAGCAUAUCAGCAUUCGCCAUAUCAGGGAAGUCUAGAGCCUCCAGUACCUUGACGAUCACUCUGUUGCUUGCACCAAGAAUUUACGAAGAAGAUAGCCCUGAUCCCGACGACCCAUUGCUCGGAAUGUUGGAGGGUCUUCAGCUGGGUUGGCAAACAGUCAGGAGAUUUCGUGUUGGCGCAUUACCAGAAGUCUUAUUACCAGGAGACUUUUUACCAGGGCCGCAUCUCGCCGUUGUUGGCAGCUGCUUGACGUACAGCAUGGUUGUCCCUCUAGGCCUUGAUGGACUGGAGCGCCGCAUCAAGUCAAUGCUACCUCACCGAAUCUCCAUCACGAUAACGCCGCGCACGUCCCUUGUCCGAAAAGGCAACCAUUCACAACAACUGUCGAGCCUGCAAGAAGAGGUUGCCACGUAUGGGUGCUCCUUUGCGUUGAGAUUUCAGAUACAUGGAUUAUGGGCCAAUGGUCUUUUAUCUCCAGCCGAAGUCGAGCGUGUCUUACCGUACGUGUCGGACCUGCGAAUUCGCUCGGGCGAAUCAACCCUCAUCACGGUCUUACGAAGACUUAAUCUACAGUCGCCUCGUCUUGAUGCUACCACAGACGCCAAUGAGGCUGGCAUUGGUGGUAUCCUAAGGGCCUUAACCCAAGAAGCAGCCCUUUCGUUCGACGAUGGGGCCCAGCGGACUUCAAGCCGCGAUGAGGCCUAUAUUCACCGUGUCACAGUCACUCCUACUGGUGUGUAUCUCUAUGGACCUGAACUCAUCGCGUCCAACAGAAUCUUGCGGCAAUACAGCGCACAUUCUGAUUGCUUUUUGCGAGUCCUUUUCUCCGAUGAGAAUGAGACGCGAUUAGAGUUCGAUAGAGACGCUUCUAACGAACGCAUCUACCAGGAUCGCUUCCUGCCGAUUCUGCGCAAUGGCUUGGAUAUCGCCGGCGAACACUUUGACUUCCUCGGGUUCUCCCAUUCGUCCUUGAGAUCACAAACUUGUUGGUUCAUGCGACCUUUCAUUCAGGAUGGUACAUUAUUGUUCGCGAAGGAUCUCAUCAGCAAACUUGGUGACUUCAGCGAGAUCAGAUGUCCGGCCAAAUGUGCGGCACGGAUUGGGCAGGCCUUCUCUGAGACUACUUCUGCGCUACGCGUGGAACCUAGCGUUGUUCAAGUAUGCGCCGAUGUCAAGGUCGGACGUUACGUGUUUACGGAUGGUUGUGGCACAAUUUCAAAGUCAAUGUGGAGACGCCUUAGAGGCAACGUGCCUCCAAAGGACCAGCCCACUUCCUACCAGAUUCGCUAUAAAGGCGCUAAAGGAAUGCUUACGCUCGACACACGGCUCGAAGGAGACCAGAUCCGAUUGCGCGGGUCAAUGGUCAAAUUCAAUGGUAGUCCAUCCGAUGAGGUCGAAAUCUGUGGUACAAAUCUUCGCCCACUCCCGUUCAAAUUGAAUCGUCAAAUUAUCAAGAUACUCGAAGACCUAGGGGUCCCGGCUUCAGCGUUCGAAACCCUACAAGAGCGGGCUAUACAGCGACUACGCCUCAGCGCAUCCUCAAGAUCCGUUGCUCUUAAUUUCAUCAUUCAAAACCUAUCCGACAGUAGCAGUGGCUUGCCCACGCUGCUCAGACAUCUCGGGCGCAUUGGUGUCGAUGCCACAGAGGACAAUUUCCUGCGCGAAAUACUCGGAGCGUUACUGCAGGUUCAACUUCGGGAAAUCAAAUUUCGGAGUCGCAUUCUGGUUCCUGAUGCACUGACCCUUUACGGGAUCAGCGAUGAAACGAGUUUCUUGGAGGAAGGAGAGGUCUUCGUUACAUUCUUGGUGGAAGGAACCCGUGAGCACUCCUACCUGAGUGGCCGUGUGACCGUGACUCGAUCACCUGCUAUGCAUCCAGGGGAUGUGCAGAUUGUUCAAGCUGUAGCACCGCCUCAGAGCUCUGCCCUCUGGAAUCUUCGCAACUGCGUUGUAUUCAGCCAGAAAGGUUCUCGUGAUCUACCCAGCAUGUUGAGUGGAGGCGACCUUGACGGUGAUCUGUACAACAUCAUCUACGACGAUGAACUCAUGCCCAGGAAGACUGUAGCUCCUGCAGCAUAUCUACCAGCACAGCCGAUUGACAUUGCCCGUCCCGUCACUGCGAAUGAUAUGGGAGGCUUCUUUGUGGACUUCAUGCGGAAUGACCAACUGGGAAGGAUUGCUAUUGUCCAUCAGGUUUUCGCCGAUCUUGAAAGCACAUUUUCCGCCAACUGUCUCUCGCUCGCGGAUCUGCACUCGACCGCGGUGGACUUCUCCAAGAGUGGCGUCCCGGUCGACGGUAAGAAGAUCCCAAGAUCUCCCACUUACCGACCCGAUUUCAUGGCCCCAACUGCAAGUACAAAGGUUGAGAAAGGAAUCAAGAGAUCCGCAGAGGUCGAAGUACCUCAUAGCGGCCAGCGCUAUCGUUACUACGAGUCCGAACGAGUCCUGGGUCGCCUUUAUCGGGCCGUGGAUGAGGACACAUUCUUCCAAGACCUCGAGGAGGAAACUUCGUCGCUGUUCAGCAUGGAAGCCAGCAACAACGUGCUGGAGGAUAUCCGCGACUGGGUGGUGUCUUCCAUCAGCUACCCGCGCGUUCAAACCUACUAUAUGAUGGCGAGGGAGGUCCGAGACUACUAUGAGUCGAAUAUGCUGGAGAUGAUGUCUCUCUAUGCUGUGGGCCGGACCGAGCAGCUCACCGAAAAAGAAGUCUUCAUCGGCACGAUCAUGGGUGGGUCUGGUGCUGGAAGCAAACAUCAACGAGAACAGUCGGACUACAUGAAAACUCAAUUCAAUGGCGAACUUCGACAGAUCAAAUCUUGGAUGGAGAAUAAAACAGCCGAUGAUGAGGACGAUGGCUUUGAGUGUCUCGCUGCUGCCUGUCUAGAUGUUGCUGUACAGGAAACGAGCAAGUUCGACGUGGACUUACGCAGCUUCGGGUGGUUCGCAGCAGGACUGUGUGUCCCUGAGAUCGAAAAACGACGAGAAGGAAGCGCCUACGAGCCUACAGAAGACUUCUGGUGGUGAAUGGAUGAAAAUGGGCGAACACCGCGCAUCGAAAACGGCCUUAGCCUUCCGGACCCACGGUUGCAAAGUGGAAACCACACACGAUUGAAGGCAGCACGAUAGAUCCAUGUCUCCUCGGAACCUUGCUCGACUACUGCUCGGACGAGGCCGUACUUAGCGGAGUCUCGCGCAGGGAAUACCCAAUUGUGCGUGGACGGAUGACUCAGUGUAGUGGUUACAUCGCAGGGCAAUUUGAGAUGCCUCCAGACGGUGAAGAAGUUGAUGAGGAUGAACUUAAUGAAUUAUGAGGAUGAACCUGAUGAAUUUAUGAGGAUGAACCUAACGAGGAUAUGGUAGCAUUGACUGAAACCUUCCGUCCAGAGUUCCUUUAUCAGGAUAUAGGUGUGGCACCAGCA